GCGAAAUUCCUGGAGCUCCCGCCCGCUGCGCGCUACGGCGCUGCUUUCGCCCUGUGGUCAUGGACUUUUGCGUGCACGGGCUGCGAUCGAGUUUACUUCAUCGUCUCUGUGAUGGUGUUUAUCUUCGGGCCCGGUCUGGCUCGCGACAGCAGCGGCCAAUACUCGGCCUACUCAGUGUUCAACAAGGGGCAGCGGCACCUGCUGGGAGAGCUCCGUGCUGAGCAGCUAGACGCCGAGCAGCGUGGUAACCAGAGCCUCGCGGGCUAUGGUCAGUCAGAAGACGGAGGACUCAUCCAACUUCCUGGUGCAGAUGAAGACGAG